AUGUACAUCAUGGCAGCAGCAGCAAACAAAUCACCACAGCAGCAGCAGCAGCUCCACAGACAGCAGCAACAACAACAACAACAACAACAGCAGCAGCAUCUUCUUCAACAUUGGAGCAACUUUAUCUCCUCCACUGCCAUUAUAAUGAUGAUCGUGUUUGGUCUACUGCUGGCAGGGAAUUGUGUCAAUGGGCAAAUUGAUGGCUAUAUUGCUGGUGAGGAUUAUCCUGCCUAUGAUGCUGUACCAAAGGGUCUAUCCUUCAAUUGCCAAGGACGUCAACCGGGCUACUAUGCUGAUACGGAGACACGUUGUCAGGUCUGGCAUUGGUGCCUUCAUUCGGGUCAUCAAUAUUCCUUCCUAUGUCCCAAUGGCACUGUAUUCAAUCAGGCUGUACGUGUCUGCGAUUGGUGGUCCAAUGUGAAUUGCGCCACCUCUGAGCAAUUGUAUCAAAAUAAUGAUGAAUUAUAUCGUAUUCCCGAGCGUAAACAGCAGCAGAAUGAUGUAUGAUAUAAGGCUGAUGAUGAGUAUAAAAUUGGGAUAACAAAUGCAA